CGGGACGCAGGGUGCAGAAGGGACUCGGCCCAGCCGCCGGAGGCGCCGCACUCCGUCUGCUCCGGGCAGGCCCUCACAGGUGCGAUGACGCAGCAGCCCCGGGAGGACUUUGACAGGAGUGUGGAGGAUGCCCAGGCCUGGAUGAAGGUGAUACAGGAGCACCUUCAGGUCAACGACAACACGAAGGGGCCCCGAGCGGCCCUGGAGGCGAGGCUUCGAGAGACAGAGAAAAUCUGCCAGCUGGAGCCUGAAGGAUGCGUGAAGGUGGAACUGGUCCUGCGGGCGGCGGAGGCCCUCUUGGCAACUUGCCAGGAGGGCCAGAAACCUGAGAUACUGGCCCGGCUGAGGGAUAUCAAGUCUCAGUGGGAGGAGACGGUCACCUACAUGACCCACUGCCACAGUCGCAUCGAGUGGGUGUGGCUCCACUGGAGCGAGUACCUGCUGGCCCAGGAUGAGUUUUACCGCUGGUUCCAGAAGAUGGUGGUCGCGCUGGAGCCCCCCGUGGAGCUGCAGCUGGGCCUGAAGGAGAAGCAAUGGCAGCUGAGCCAUGCCCAGGUGCUGCUGCACAAUGUGGACAAUCAGGCUGUGCUCCUGGACAGGCUGCUGGAGGAGGCGGGCUCCCUGUUCAGCAGGAUCGGGGACCCCAGCGUGGAUGAAGAUGCCCAGAAGAGGAUGAAGGCUGAGUACGAUGCUGUGAAGGCCAGAGCUCAGCACAGGGUGGACCUCCUGGCCCAGGUGGCCCAGGACCAUGAGCAGUACCGGGAGGACGUGAACGAGUUCCAGCUGUGGCUGAAGGCGGUGGUGGAGAAGGUGCACAGCUGUCUGGGGCGGAACUGCAAGCUAGCCACAGAGCUUCGUCUGACUACGCUGCAGGACAUCGCCAAGGAUUUCCCUAGGGGUGAGGAAUCUUUGAACAGAUUGGAGGAGCAGGCUGUGGGUGUCAUUCGGAACACCUCUCCCUUGGGUGCAGAGAAGAUCUCAGGGGAGCUGGAGGAGAUGCGGGGUGUCCUGGAGAAGCUGAGAGUCCUCUGGAAAGAGGAGGAAGGGAGGCUGCGGGGCCUGCUCCAGUCCAGGGGGGACUGUGAGCAGCAGAUCCAACAGCUGGAGGCAGAACUGAGAGAGUUCAAGAAAAGCCUUCAGAGGCUGGCCCAGGAGGGCUUGGAGCCCACAGUGAAGACAGCCACAGAGGAUGAGCUGGUGGCCCAGUGGAGGCUGUUCUCGGGGACUCGGGCUGCACUGGCUUCAGAGGAACCCCGUGUAGACAGCUUACAAACUCAACUGAAGAAACUUGUCAGCUUCCCGGACCUGCAGGCACUCUCUGACAGCGUGGUAGCCGCCAUUCAGGAAUACCAAAGUAUGAAGGGGAAGAAUACCAGGCUCCACAAUGCGACCCGGGCAGAGCUGUGGCAGCGUUUCCAGCGGCCCUUCAAUGACCUGCAGCUGUGGAAGGCCCUGGCCCAGAGGCUCCUGGACAUCACGGCCAGCCUGCCCGACCUGGCCUCCAUUCAUACCUUUCUACCCCAGAUUGAGGCAGCCCUCACGGAAAGCUCCCGCCUGAAAGAGCAGCUGGCGAUGCUGCAGCUGAAGACUGACCUGCUGGGCAGCAUCUUUGGCCAGGAGAGAGCAGCCACCCUCCUGGAACAGGUGACAAGUUCUGUGAGAGAUAGAGACCUACUGCAUAACAGCCUGCUUCAGCGGAAGAGCAAACUUCAGAGCCUGCUUGUUCAGCACAAGGACUUUGGGGUGGCUUUUGAUCCCCUACACAGGAAGCUCCUAGACCUCCAGGCCAGGAUCCAAGCAGAGAAAGGGCUUCCGCGGGAUCUUCCUGGAAAGCAGGUCCAGCUCCUGAGGUUGCAGGGGCUGCAGGAGGAGGGGCUGGAUCUGGGGACACAGAUCGAGGCUGUGAGGCCUCUUGCCCAUGGGAACUCUAAGCACCAGCACAAAGUAGACCAGAUCUCCUCUGACCAGCAAGCCCUGCAGAGGUCCCUGGAGGACCUCGUGGACAGGUGUCAGCAGAACAUACGGGAACACUGUACCUUCAGUCACAGACUGUCAGAGCUGCAGCUGUGGAUCACCACGGCCACUCAGACGUUGGAGUCACACCAAGGGGAUGUGCGUCUGUGGGAUGCAGAGUCCCAGGGGGCUGGACUCGAGAUGCUGCUGUCUGAAAUCCCAGAGAAAGAGGUCCAGCUGUCCCUGCUCCAAGCACUGGGCCAGCUUGUGAUGAAGAAGUCUUCCCCAGAGGGGGCAGCCGUGGUCCAGGAGGAGCUGAGAAGGCUGAUGGAGUCUUGGCAGGCCCUGCGGCUGCUAGAGGAGAGCAUGCUGAGUCUCAUUCAAAACCAGCAGCUGCAGAGGACAGAGGUGGACACGGGGAGGAAGCAGGUUUUCACCAACAACAUCCCGAAGGCCGGCUUUCUCAUCAACCCUCAGGAUCCCAUACCCAGGAGACGGCAUGGGGCAAACCCACUGGAAGGACAUGACCUCCCUGAAGAACAUCCCCAGCUCCUGAGGGACUUUGAACAGUGGCUGCAGGCAGAAAACUCCAAGCUUCAUAGAAUCAUCACAAUGAGAAUGGCCACAGACAAGGACUUGAGGACCAGAGAGGUGAAGCUGCAGGAGCUGGAGGCCCGAAUCCCAGAAGGCCAGCGCCUCUUUGAGAACCUGCUUCGUCUGAGGCCAGCAAGGGACCCCUCCAACGAGCUGGAAGAUCUGCGCUACCGGUGGAUGCUGUACAAGUCCAAGCUCAAGGACUCUGGCCACUUGCUGACCGAGAGUUCUCCGGGGGAGCUGACUGCAUUCCAGAAGAGUCGGCUGCAGAAGCGGUGGCGGAGUCCCUGCUCUCUCCUACAGAAAGCGUGCUGCGUGGCGCUGCCAUUGCAGCUGCUGCUCCUGCUCUUUCUGCUGUUGCUGUUCCUGCUGCCGGCCGGUGAGGAGGAGCGCAGCUGCGCCCUGGCCAACAACUUUGCCCGCUCCUUUGCGCUCAUGCUUCGGUACAACGGCCCCCCACCCACCUAGCCCACUGGGCACACAGGUGACCUUCUGCAGUCCCUCAGGGGCUGGCUGCUGGGGGGCACAGUAGCCGAUCAGACACCCAGAGCAGCCUUAGACCAAAUGCUGCCUCUGUUCCCAGAACAAACUUGCCUUUUUCUAC